CAGUGCAGAGUCACACGUGUACGUGUUUGUACUCACGCAACCUGAUCGAUUUCUAUGCAGUAUUGUACAAAUAUAGCGCGUUGGGCAACGUUUUCGUUGUGUUGAUAUUAGGCAGUGUAUACAGAGUUCAAGGCCAGCUCCAGAGAAGAUGGCGGCAUCAACAGCAGCUGUCCGUAGUGCCUUCCUGUGGUGCAUGUCUGUCAUCUACUUGCUGGCCUUCUCAUCGCUGUAUGUGCAGAUACCAGGCUUAUAUGGUAGUACAGGACUCCUACCAGCUAACAGGAUGCUGAAACUGGACGGAAAGACUCCCCACGAGCGUUUCUCGGAGCGCCCCACCCUGCUGUGGCUCACGCCGGCCCUGGGACUGACCACGGAACAUGGCAUGGACCUGCUGUGUCUGGCCGGCAUGCUCAUCUCUCUCGUUGCCAUGGUAACCGAGGUCAUGCGAGAUGUUCCCGCUUUCCUCAUGUUGUGGAUCCUGUAUUUUUCACUAUAUCAGGUUGGGCAGACGUUCCUGUGGUUCCAGUGGGACAUCCUGCUGUUGGAGGCAGGGUUCCUCGCUGUGCUGGCCGCACCGCUCAACCCCAUGAAGUGGCUGCCCCCCUCCUCCCUGCCUCACGACAACGUGGCGCUGUGGCUGGUGCGCUGGCUGCUCUUCAGACUCAUGUUCGCAUCAGGGGUCGUCAAACUCACCAGCAUGUGUCCCACCUGGUGGGGACUUACAGCUCUGAACUACCACUAUGAGUCCCAGUGCAUCCCCACCCCGCUGGCCUGGUUUGCCCACCAGCUGCCUGAGUGGUUCCAGAAGCUGUCGGUCGUGGCAACAUACAUCAUCGAGAUCCCCGUCCCUCUGCUGUUCUUCGCACCGGUCCGGUCUAUCCGCAUUUUCUCCUUCUAUGCCCAGGCUUUGCUUCAGGUCUUGAUCAUCCUGUCUGGAAAUUACAACUUCUUCAACCUGCUGACCUUGACCUUGUGCCUGCCCCUGCUGGACGACAAACACCUGACCUACCUGUUCCCAUGGUUACGGGUGAAACAAGAAAUGAACAUGUCUGGAGAUGUAGAGAGAAGCCCCUGGCAGAGGUGCAGAACUGUUGUGACCAGAGUGACUGAAAUUCUGGUGUACUCAGGGCUGUUCUACUGGACAUGUGUGCUCUUCAAACUCAGACUGACUGGUUUCACUGUACAGUCAAAAAUUGGUUUCACUUCAGACCAGUUCCACAGUACCCUGACCAGGGUCAUGCCAGUCACCAUUUGGCUUGGUGUUGGAUCAUUGACUUAUCAUAUUGGAACAGCCUUAGUAAGGUCCUUUACCAGUGAGGAAAAUGUAAGAAGAAAAGUGUUCACCUGCUUCAGGUGCCUUCUAUUUUCAGCUGCAGCUGUGUACAUGUUUACUAUCAGUCUGGUGCCUCACACAGUGAUAGACUGGCAGUCUAACAACAACCUGUGGCCUAUAGUCAAACAGUGGAACCAGAGAGUGGAUAAGUUUCAACUCGUCAACUCAUAUGGGCUUUUCAGAAGAAUGACAGGGGUGGGAGGGCGACCGGAGGUUAUUGUGGAAGGCAGUAACUCCCUACAGCUGGGGUGGAAGGAGUAUGAGUUUUUAUACAAGCCAGGAAAUGUGAAGACAGCCCCACCUGUUGUAGCCCCCCACCAGCCCAGACUAGACUGGCAGCUGUGGUUUGCAGCCCUGGGCAGCUACGGACACAACCCCUGGUUUGUCAACAUGGUCCACAGGCUGCUGCAUGGGGACAAGCAUGUUCUCGCACUCAUGGGCUCUGACCCAUUCAAUGGAAAACCACCAAAAUACAUCCGGGCUACCCUGUACCAUUAUCACUUCACCGAGUGGGGAAAAAACAGUUCUGCAUGGUGGAGACGAGAGCGGCAGUACGAGUACCUCCCCCCGCUACAGAAGGACGACCCUUCAGUUCUGAAGUUCCUCGCACACCACAACCUUAUUUUGGAAGGAAAAACCUCUACCAAAAAGGCCAGGAGCAUGCUGGGAUGGAUGGUGCAGUGGUUGCGAGGCAUGCUGGGAAGCAUGUCAGGGGUCAUGUUACAGGUGACCCUGGUGGUGACAGGGCUGGUGGUCAGCUGGGUGCAGCCCAUCAUGGCCAAGGUUGUGUGAUGGAGGAAGGAAGAUUUACUUUUAAAGUGGGAAUUGUUUGUAACAUUUGUAUUUACAUGUCCUGAUUAUGUGGAGAUGGUGGAAGAAACAGUCAGGUAUUGUUCUCCAUACUGACAAUUCUUGUCAAGGUUUCUGGACCAUAAGUCUCUUCAAAUUAAUCAACACAAUACAUUAUAUCUUUGAUGAUCAUUUUCAACUUUCAAAAGUUUUAGAAAUGUAGCCAGGUUUUGAAAUCUGUAUGCCAGUAAUCACAGUUAGCAGUUGUAGACAACCUUUAUGUUGAAAAAUUGUUACUGUAUUGGAAUGAAUGAUGAAUAUGGUCGAUGGGAGUGGGAUGGGGUCUAAUUCGAUCUAGUACGACGGAAAAAUCUGCUGUGAUGCAUGUUUACAGGUAGGUAAUAUGAAUAAAAUCAUUUUAAUUCAUCAUAAUGAAUAUGAAUCUUCAAAAUCUUCAUAAUUUUAUGAUAAACAGUUAAAUACCAAAACACAAUUUUACUAUAUAUAAUCUUUAAACUUUAUUUCACAAAGUAACAAUCUACAAACAAUGCUAUCAAACAUCACUGACCACAAGUUUAUAUCUAGUGUAUAAAACAUAUUACAGUACAAAAAUAUAGCAUCUCUAUUUUCAUUUGUACAAAUUAAAUCAUCUGUAUAGAACAGAGUAAAGAAUUUUAUUUACAAUCUUAGUUUUAUACUCAUCAAAAUGACAAAGCUUGUUACAGGACAUAUUAAAUUCCUAUAAGUCAUCUCUUGGUCGUAAAAUAAAGUCAAUCUUCAUUUAUGUCUGCAUAAUGCAUACCAAAUAAAAUUUAAUGUACCUCUGAUUCUCUCCUGCAGUUUGACCAAAUGCCUGAUCUUUCUAUAUCUUGAAGCCAAGUGACAUGUUUUUUACAGUUUUAACACAGUAACUGACAUCAAGUAUCAACCAUAGGCUAUUGGUGCAGGCAAACCCCCAAAAUUACUUUACUACUACAUUGUAGCACAAGUCGCAAUCUUGUUCAUGUAAUGUCUUACCAAGGACAUUAUACACAGAUAAUGUCCUUGGUCUUACCUAACAUAGUGCACAGUACAAAUAAGUUGUAUAUACACCUUUGUUAGUUGCUAUAAAUAUGUCAAACUACAUGUGAAAGAACAUAUGCAUCUUGUAAAAUGCAACCAUUUCUAGCUUUCUAACAGGUAAGCAACAAAUAAAGAUCAGACAUCAGAAUGGUGAAAAAUGAAGCCAACAGGUAUCUGCAUACAGUUCACAUAUAUGUAUCUGCAUAGAGUUCACAUAAUUCAUAAUGCACAUAGUUGUAGCCUUUCCCUCAUUUCUUCUAUACAUAUUUCUUUCUCCACAUUUGCUUUCUAUAUAUCAAGCAUACAUUUUAUGAUGACAUUUGUCAGACAAAAAUAUCCUAAAGCAUACAUGUACUGUACCAACUUCUAGUAACUCCCAAAUUAGAAACAGAUUUGGACUCCUUACCAUUUAAUAAAGGCUACAGCCAUAUUUAGGGUCAGCAUGUGCUUUAUUGCUGAAAUGUGAUCUUGAUUGUCCUUGUUCAAAUCUCUUGGAAGGACCUUGUUCAUUUUUAGACUAAUCUUGGUCUGAUUCCUGAGAUAGACACAUGAUUUUGAACAACAUAGUAACUGACUACAAUGUAUAUUCAGUCUAAUGCAUCAUAUUAUACAUUGUACAUGAAACAGUUAACACUGUGUAGAGCCAAAUGCAAAUGCCAUAUUGCGAUGUAUAAGCAAGAUCCUUCAUAGGCAAGCUAUCACUUGAUUAUGAAUAAUUCAUUACAUUUUUGAUUU